UGCCACUGCUCUCAGACUACUUUAGGCCCUGCCCAGAGUCCAGGAGUCCAGAGAGCCUGGGAGACAAGCAGGAGUGGGAGCCUGAGGUGGAGAGAGAGAGAAGAAGCCUACAGCAGCCAGGUGAGGACAAGCAGGAGGUCUUUGGCGUGCCCUCCAAAGUCCACCGUCCGUUCUCAUCGAGCCAACUCGAAGGAUGGGGAUAUCCACCCGAGAGCUGUUUCUCAACUUCACUAUUGUCCUGAUCACCGUAAUUCUUAUGUGGCUCCUUGUGAGGUCCUAUCAGUACUGAGAAGCCAUGUCACGCUCCUGGGAUUGACUGCAACUCUCCAGCUGCCUGCUGGAUGUCCUGAGCUCCCACUGCUGUCAUGGGAUGCCUUUCUCAGCACCCCAACUCACCUCUGACCCACAAGCACACCGUCUGAGGUCCUCUACUGUUAGGAUCGAUUGUGUGUCCUCUAAAGAUGCUGCCCACAAGGGCUGUCCGGUAUCUGCCAGUGAGCAUUAGAGCUAUUCCUCAACUCUUCCUGCAAAUGUGUGAGACAAGCCACAAGGUUAAAAUUAAAUGAUUCAUGAUGACGUAGAAUUGUAACAAACCCCUGAUCUGUCUUCCUGUACGUCCCUUCUCCCCACACUGUCUGCUGCCAAACUCUCCAUCAACCCAUCAGAAGAAAGAAAUGUUAGAGGAAGUCAUUGUCAACCCCUAUAGCUAUCAUGUGAAUAAAGUGAAGUCAACUGCAAAA